AUGCCGGGAGAAGGCGCCGGGGCGCGUGAGAAUGUGGUGGUGUGUGUGCGCCUGCGCCCGUCGGAGCACGAUGACGGCGUGUGGACGUUUGAGCAUGAUAGUAACCGUGUGCUGCCUACCGAGCAGCACCCCGCGCUCGCGAAGCGCGCCGGAAGCAGCACGCAGGCCGACGACGACGAGCUGCGCGCGACAUACGACUUCCGGUACGACCAUCUGGUGCUGGGGAACGAGCGCACAGAGAGCCUGUACGAUGCGAGCGUGUAUCCGGUGGUGCGUGCCGCGAUGGAGGGGUACAACGGCACGGUCUUUGCGUACGGCCAGACCGGCUCGGGCAAGACGUACACCAUGAGCGGCACGCACGACGAGCCGGGCGUGAUUCCGUGCGCGGUGCACGACGUGUUUUCGAUGAUCCGCGAGGCGCCGCACCGCGAGUUUCUCCUGCGCGUGUCGUACCUUGAAAUCUACAACGAGACGCUCCAGGACCUGCUCGCGCCGCCGGACGCGACGCCCAAGAAGGGCAAGACGCCGCGCAUCGUCGAGGAGCGGGGGCGCGUCGUGCUCAGCGGCCUGCACGAAGAGGUCGUCACGACCCCGCACGAGGUCCUUGCUUUGUUGGACCGCGGCCAGGCAGCAAGGCACGUCGGCGCGACCGACUGGAACACGCGCUCGUCGCGCUCGCACUCUGUCUUUCAGAUCACCAUCGAGAGCCGCGAGGAGGGCGGCGGCGGCGGCGCGGUGCGCGUCUCGCAGCUGAACCUCAUCGACCUCGCGGGCAGCGAGCGUGCGGCGAGCGAGGCGGCGCGCCGCAAAGAGGGCGCGUACAUCAACAAGUCGCUCCUUACGCUCGGCACGGUGAUUGCGAAGCUCACCGAGCCGCAUCCCCAGGACUCGCACAUUCCCUACCGCGACUCGAAGCUGACGCGCUUGCUGCAGACGUCGCUCAGCGGCGACGCGCGCGUCGCGGUGAUCUGCACCAUCUCGGACUCGUCGGCCGCCGCGACCGAGACGCUCUCGACGCUCAAGUUUGGGCGGCGGUGCAAGAUGGUGGUGACCAAGGCGCAGAAGCAUGUCACGGUCGACGACAAGGCGCUCCUCGAGCAGUACCGCAAGGAACUCGACACGCUGCGUGCGCGCCUCGAGGCCAGCACGGUCGAGUCGCCGCCCACGACGCCGACCAAGGACAUUGAGGCGCUGCGCAGUGAGCGCGCCGCCGCCGCGCAAGAGGUCGCGCAGAUGCAAGAGACGCGGACCGACCUCAAGCAGCAGAUCGACCACCUGACGCGCCUCAUUCUCACGAGCCGCAGCGUCGCGGCGCAGACCCCCGCGCGCGUGCCGGUCGAGGAGUACGCGUCGCCGCGGCGGGGGCCGCGCAUGAGCGACCUGCCGGUGCGCACGCCGGUCGCGACGCCGCGCGCCGACUUUGCGCAGCACGCCGAGCUCGCGACGGUCCGCCGCGAGCUGCUCCAGGCAAAAGAGGCGCACUACGAUGCGAUCAGCACGCUCGAGGACGAGCUCGUGGCCGCGAAGCGCGAGACCGAGGCGGCCAAGGCCGCCGCGGACGAGUUCAAGUUCGAGAUGCAGGAUAUGCAGCACGCCUACGGCCAGGCGCGCGACCUCGCCGCGGAGAACGAGGGGCUGUACCGCGACGCGCAGGCCGAGCUCGACACCGCGCGCGACGAGGCGGACGAGCUGCGUGCCGAGCUCGACGCGGCCAAGGCGGACGCGGACGAGCUGCGUGCCGACAACGACCUCGCAAAGGACGAGGCGGACGAGCUGCGCGCCGAGCUCGACGAUCUCCAGGCCAAGAUCCACGAGGUGAUUGAGGAGCGCGACGCUGCGUUUGCCGACGCGGAAGACGCGCGGCGCGCCGCACGCGACACGGACGCGGAGCUGGAUGCGCUGCGCGAGCAGGUCCAGGUGCUCCAGCGCGAGGCCGACGAUGCGCGUGCCGACGCCGACGACGCGCGCAACGACGCCGAGGAUGCACGCGCGGCGGCCGCCGAGGCCAAGCGGCGCACGACCGAGGCGCUCGCGAGCGUCUCGGGCACCGAGAAGCAGCUGCGCCAGGCGCGCGAGGAGCACGCGACCGACGAGGCGCACCGCGAGUUCCGCGAGCUCGUCGGCAGCCACGCCGAAGCGUCCGAGAAGGAUACGGCGCACCUGCACGCGCGCAUCGCCGCGCUCGAGCGCGCGCUGACGGAAGAGCGCGCGACGCGCGACCUCAACUCGCUGCCCGAGCGCCCGCCGGCGUCGCCGAUGCGCGCGCGCCGCGGCAUGACGCCGCCGCGCGUGCCGCUGCGCACGCGCUCCACCGGCGGGACGCCCGAGCCCGGCGAUCUGCGCGCGCAGGUCGAACAGCAAAAGGCGCUCAUUGCGACGCUCAACCAGAGCGUCGAGGGGUGGCAGGCGCGCGUGCAGAUGCAGGCGAAAAAGAUUGCGCAGCUCGCGGCGCUCGUCGAAGACGCGCCGGAGCCCGCGGGCGUCACGGCGCGCUACGAGCAGGCGAUUGCGACGCCCGACCGCGCGGCGAAAGACGCCGAGGCCAAGGAGCGCCGCGAGCGCAUCGAGGAGAAGCGGCAACGGCGCGAGGCCGCCGAGAAGCUAGAGGCCGAAAAAGAGGAGCGCCGCAUCCAGGAGGAGCGGCGGCGGCGCGAGGAAGAGCGCGAGCGGCGGCGGCGCGAGCGCGAAGAGGAGCGCGAGCGCGAGAAGCAGCGCGAAGAGCGCGCGGCCGCCGAGCGCGAGAAGCAGCGCGACGCCGAGCGCCAGGAGCGCGAGGCCAAGCGCGAAGCCGAGCGCCGCGAGCGCGAGGCCAAGCAGGCGCGGCACGAGCACGAGCGGCAGAGCGCCGCGCGCCCUGCGCUGCUCACGCCGACGCCCCAGCGCCCCCGCUCGGGCAGCCCCCGCGCGCUGCCGACGCCCGGCUCGCCGUCGCGCGCACUGCCGACACCCAGCUCGCCGUCGCGCGCGCUGCCGACGCCCGGCUCGCCGUCGCGGCGCCCCCUCCCGUCGCCGACGGGGCCGCCGCUGGCGGUGCCCCCCGCGCCCCGCGACCUCCCCGCGCCGCCGUCGGCGCGUGUCGUGCCGAGCGGCAGUGUUGCUGCGCUCCGUGCGAGUCUCACGAUGCACGACGGGCUGCGCCCCCAGCGCGAGCCGCUUGCGCCGCUGCCCGACGCCGGCGCCCCCCCCACGUCCCCCCCCGACGAUGCGGCGCGGCGGUCGGCCGGCCCCCCGCCCUCGCACACGAUCCGUGCGCGUCUCUCUGCCUAUACCGACGGGGCGAUGCCUCGGAAAGCGCCCUCGACCAUGGCGCUGCACGAGCGCGAGCGGUCGUCGUCGAUCCUGCGCGAGCUGAACGACCUGCGUGCGAUGCCGCGCGUGGAAAGCAGCCGCACCGUCUAUGCGUCCCCCCGCCUCCCGUCGGAAAAGACGCAGGCGCGCCUCUCCGCCGCCGCGUACAGGCCCGACGCGAGCCAGUACUAUAUCUCGUAG